CUUCACCACUUCCGAGCUCCGUUCGACUUCAUCGACCCCAUUGUCCGGCCCAACACUCCCGCAUCUAGCAAGACCCGGAGAGAGCAUGACAUGAUCACCGACCUCCGGUAACAUCUCCUCGAAGGCAAACAUGGCGGACUUGACGGCUCGUCUGCUGGCCUUCCCGCCCGAGAAGAAGGUCAGUGCAAAGGAAUACGACAGACAGGCCCAUGCCCUGGCGCAGCUACUCGACAACGUGUCUGCCCAAGAGUUUGCCAAAGCAAGUGGCAAAUCAGACCUCCUCGACCUCCUCAAUCCCGCCGUCAACACCAUCUCCUACAUCUUCGCCCUCCACGCCCAAGUCAGCCUAUCCGGCAAAGAUCGAGCGCGCACGGAGCAAUGCAUUGAUCGCUCCGUCAUCUUCUUCACCUCCUUCGAUCCCAUCCAAGCGCGAUAUUGCGGGCAUCAUUGGCGUGCACUGCUCGAGUGGGCCAUCGAUGCCUACCCAAGAGCCGGCGUGCAAGACUUCACCCCGCUCAUCACCGCCCUCCUUCGCUUAGACCCUACCGCCGGCACCUUUACCUCCUCACACCUCCUCCUGCUCCGCCUAUGUCUCGACUGCGGUGUUCCUAGCCAGGCCCUACCAAUUCUCGACCGCAACAUCUACGCCUUCCCUCAAACAACUCCAAAGAAUCUCCCGGAAGACCUCCUCUGCGAGGCACCGGCAGAAGAUGAUUUGAGCAACAGCUUCAUCACAGCCCACUCCGGCUUCACCAUCACUCCUCUCAAGCCCGAAUACAUCCUCGAAUACUACCUCCUCGGCGCUCACGUCUACCUCGGCCUGCACUCCUACGCCCGCGCCCACCUAUUCCUCGAAACCGUCCUCCUCCAUCCUUCGCCUACGCACGCCUGCAGCACCUUUCAGGUGGAAGCAUACAAGAAAUACGUCCUUCUGGGACUGCUCGCAAAUGGCAAGAGCUACGGACUGCCGCGCACACACGAUGUUCAAGCGAUGCGGGUAAUCCGCGCAAGCGCAAAAGCAUACCAGGCUCUUGCCGACAACUUCGACAAGCGGGACUGGCGGAAGUUCGAAGCAGAGGUGGAUGUCGGGAUGCAAAUCUGGAACGACGAUGGUAACUUGCGAUUCGUCAAAGAAGUCGGCGAUGCCCUGCUACGCUACCGCAUCAUCGAUCUCCAAAAGACCUACGCCGCCCUCCCCAUCAGCCGAAUCGCCUCCUAUCUCGACCUUUCGGCCGACGACACAUUACAACUCCUCCAAGACAUGAUUCAACGACACCACCUCCACGCAACCAUAACACCAUCCACAUCAUCCGACCCAGCCCACGCAGUCCUGCAUUUCGACCCCGCCGCCCCUACCACAUCCACCACAGCCCCGCCAGCUGAUCUUGAAGGCCAAACCAAACGCAUCGAAUCCCUAAUCGCCUACAUCCGCGACGCCGACCGUCGUCUCCAAUUGAGCAAGGAGUAUGCCGAGUACACCAAGAGGACCAAGCGCGGCGCCGCGGGGCCAGAUGGCGAAUUGGCGGAGCAGAUGGAUUUGACGUGGGAUGCUCCCAUUCUGGGCCUGGGAGAAGAGGACGGGGAUGGUGAUGAAGAUAUCAUGGGCUCGUGAGGAAAACUGUGUUAGGAGAGUCGAAGCAGAAGCGUUCGAUUGAUUGAUCAUAGCUGGCAUGUUUGUUUCAGCGAUCAGCGAUGCAAUCCACGUCCCGCAUGAAGAUAGAAAGGAGCGUCAUGACCUUGACUGCAUAGCGAGUAGCGAUCAGUUGUAGCUGAAGUAUAGAGCGAGUGAUGAACGACAAUCGCCAACGAACGCAGUCAAAGGACUUGUGAGCUUGUCCCAUGUAGACCUAUAGAUCAUUGAAGAGUGAAGACACAUCGCGUCGGUCUGACUG